GUUCUAGCGGUUCUUCAAACGUCGUCUCUAAACGUCAAAUCAUCCCGACUCACGUGCAGACCGGGGAGAACUAGGUAGAGCGGUGCUGAAGCAGUCACGACAGUCCGUGAAUGUUCGACUAUAAGACGAGUCGAGUCUAAGGCAGUAGCAGACACUUCUAUGAAUGAUCCUGGGGUAGCCGACUGCCGAACAGCUAACUGUUUAUUUUAGGCUUACGUCAGACGGCGUGACCCGCCACCCCCAUGAGGUCAGCUAGUCGACUCGUCCAAGCAAUCGCUUUCACACGUGCUGAUUGCAGUCGGUGAGGUUCGGAGGGAGAAGGGGUGUUGCAGAGAGCAAGGGAUAUACCUAUAUGCGGAAACGUCAAGGCGUUUGCAUGUGCGCGUUUCCUUCAAACCCGGCAAAAUGCUUCUAAGGGCUAUUUUUUGGAGUGUGAUGUGGAUGGGGUUAGUACCAUUGUCUCUCGGUCAAGGCGACAAUGUUUUCUCAGUUGACGGUCAGUGGAGUGAAUGGGCAUCCUGGUCUGAUUGUACACACGAUUGCUUACGCCACCGACGAAGAAAAUGUGAUAACCCAACCCCAGCCAAUGGUGGUGCAUAUUGCAAAGGAAACGGUUUAGAGAGUGAAAUAUGUACAGGAGACGAUUGUCGAGGAGAUGCUGAAGCGUCUUCAGAAAUCGACCUUCUUGGUGCAAUAGGAGUACCUUCAGAUGGAAGACCAGGGAUUGGCUACGAUACAGGAAUCGAUGGCUACCCAACAUUUACUCUUAGUAAAGAAGCAUUUAUACGCCAACCGGCACAGAUAUAUUUCCGAAAGCCCUUGUAUAGGGAUUUUGCUGUAGUAAUGACAUUGAAGCCCUACACUCAAAGUGGUGGUUUCAUAUUUGCAGUGGUGAACACCUACCAAACAGUUAUUCAGUUUGGAGUCAGUAUAACAGACUCGCCUCGGGAGCCUACGAAGCAAGUUAUAACUUUAUACUAUACACCAGACGCCAAGUUAGCUGAGUCAUCAAAUGUGAUUGCUUCUUUCACUGUGGAUUCCACUGUAAAUAAGUGGACAAAAAUUGCCCUGCGUGUUGAAGAGGAUUCAAUAACACUCUAUCUUAACUGCCAGGAAUCUGAAAAAGUUUUCUAUAGUCGGAAAAAUGGAGAAUUAGAUUUUGAACCAGGAUCGAGUGUUUUCAUUGCCCAAGCUGGACCAAACUUCAAGUCAAAGUUUGAGGGAGCCUUACAAGAUGUUAAAAUUUACGGAAAUCCAGCUGAGGCUGAAGAUGAUGAAUGCAAUUUUGAUUUUAGUGGCUCUGGGUCAGGCUCUGAUGAGACAAAGGGCGACAUUGACAUCGAAACUGGUACACCUAGCCCAAUGCCCACCCGGCCUGAUGGUAGUAAGGGAGGUGCGAAGGGCCAGAAGGGUGAGCCAGGCAUUGCUGGAUUGAAGGGAGAUGCAGGACCCCCAGGGCCCCCACCCAUGAUAACACCACCCCCACCAGACUUGAAAGGACUCACAGGAGUUAGAGGUGACAAAGGUGAUCGAGGUGCUCCCGGAGAGGUGGGGGAGCCUGGGUUUCCAGGGCAGAAAGGACAGAGGGGAGAAACAGGCGUUGGAGAACGAGGUCCCGGUGGUGAAAUGGGUCUACCUGGCCCCAGAGGAGAAAAGGGAGAUCUGGGACCUCGGGGUCUGCCUGGUAUUGCCAUGCAGGGUCCACCAGGUCCACCUGGACCCCCUGGUAUCCCAGGGUCCAUUGACGUCAUCCCAGAGCUGGAGCGUGGGGAUAAGGGAGAUUUGGGCCAGAAGGGGCAGAAAGGAGAGCCAGGGAAUGGACUACCCGGAACGCCUGGCACUCCCGGACAGAGGGGUCUCAUGGGACCUAGGGGUGAGAGUGCGUCAGGAGAGAGGGGAUUUCCGGGUCUGCCUGGACCUCCCGGACCACCAGGACCUCCUGGCCUCGGGGGUGUCGGCAUGAUUGAUGUUGAUGGCACUGGAUCUGGAGAUAUCGAUGGCAUGCCAGGUCCACCUGGACCUCCUGGGCCUGCUGGACCCUUGGGACCCAGGGGUCUGCAGGGCUUACAAGGCUUACAGGGACUUCAGGGAGUGCCUGGGGUACCAGGAUUACCAGGCAAGCCAGGAGCAUUUGGCACAGGCAAUGGCACAGGAGUCCCUGGACAACCAGGCCUCCCUGGACGAGAUGGACUCCCAGGGGCUACAGGGGCACCGGGCAUGCCAGGUGUUCCCGGACAGCCAGGUGAACCAGGUCCAGUUGGUCCCCUAGGACCUAAAGGAGACAGAGGUCUUGAGGGUAUCGCCGGUGAGGAAGGUCUGCCAGGCCCCAAGGGAGAGGCAGGAACGGAUGGUAGCAGAGGUUUACAAGGCACUCAAGGUUACAGGGGCUUGAUGGGUCCACCUGGUCCACCAGGACCUCCUGGCAUUCCCGGCAGAGGAGGCUUCUUUGGUGGAAGUGCGAGAACUCUGGAGAUGGAGAGAUUGGUGAGCCUGGUCUGCAGGGACCAAGAGGAUUACCAGGUCCACGAGGGUCCGAUGGUCUGCCAGGACAAGCAGGACCACAAGGACCAAAGGGAGAACGAGGGUACCAAGGUGUUGCUGGAGUCAAGGGAGAACGAGGCUUCCCAGGAGAUGAUGGUCUUCCAGGACCCCCGUGGAGAAGUGGGAACUCCUGGUGUUCCUGGAGCAGAAGGUGCUCGAGGAGAAGCUGGACAGCCUGGUGUGCCUGGUAUUAAUGGCAGAGAUGGACUUCCUGGAAUAGGUGAAGCUGGUCCUGUUGGACCACCUGGACCUCCUGGACCACCUGGAAGAUCAACCAUUGUUGGUUCUGGAGGAUCUGGAUCAGAUGUGGACGUUGUUACACAGAAGGGAGAGCCUGGCAUCCCAGGUCUGAAUGGUCUGCCAGGUGGGCCAGGCCCGGUCGGUUCAGUCGGCAUUCAAGGUAUACGAGGAGAACCUGGUCUCAAUGGUCUUCCCGGUCAGAAGGGAGAUGUGGGACCAGUUGGACCCCCUGGACCUCCUGCUCGUCUACCCCCAGGACCUGUCUUUGGGUCAGGAUCAGGAACUGAUGGUGGAGUCAGGGUUGAGGUUGGACCUCCAGGCCCAUCUGGACCAGCUGGUCCACGUGGACCAAUUGGACCCCGUGGAAUGAAAGGUCCAAUGGGGGAAAUGGGCAUGCCAGGAUUCCCGGGUCGACUUGGACUCCGAGGUCGUAAGGGUGAGCGUGGUUUCAGCAUCAAGGGAGCAAGGGGAGUGAAGGGUGAACCUGGUAUUGGCCUUCCUGGAGGAAGUGGAGUUUUCAUUCCGGGACCAAAGGGAAAUAGGGGAGACCCAGGUGUACCUGGUAAUGAUGGUAUCCAUGGUCAAGACGGACCCCCUGGACCCCCUGGACCACCAGGGAUCUCUUCCUCUGUGGUUUCAGGAAGUGGAGAUGGAACCACUGUCAUCAGCCAACCAGGCCCUGUAGGACCUGCCGGACCGGCAGGCAUGAAGGGUGCAAGAGGACCAGCAGGUUCAGAAGGAGCAAGAGGCAGACAAGGCCCAGUCGGACCAGUAGGACCGCAGGGACCAACUGGCCUUGGCUUGCCCGGACCUCGAGGUCCAAGUGGACCCCCUGGUCCACCUGGAGACUUUGCAAUCAACGGGCGUGGUCUCCCAGGCCCUCCCGGUCCCCCUGGCCCCCCUGGUGAAGCUGUUCUGGGAGGAGGCACAGUUUCAGGGGCUGCCAUCACAUACCGCAAUAUGGAUGCCUUGCUGUCUGUUUCCUACAACUUACCAGAGGGAACAUUGGCAUAUGUCAUGGAGCAAGAAUUGUUAUACCUCAGGGUUAAAAAAUGGACUGAAAAUUGUCAUGUUGUCAUUGAAGAGAAAAGGAGUUUUCUUUCAUUGACAAUGAUUGGAAUAAAACUUUGGCUCUUGUUUACGAAAGAUGUUGAUAUAGAAAUUCCGGUUCCCCCUGCCCGACAAACAGAUUCCCCGAUCACAAGUACCAAUUUACCUGAUAAGGAAAUAUUGGUCACGCAGACUAAAUCAGCUGUCGCUACGGCGGCAGAAACAUCGACCCUGGGACAAACCAUUCCUUUACCAAGUCCGACACCGCCAGUGCGCCUCCCACCCAGCGUAUCUGGCAAUAGACUUAUUAAUAAUAAUGCUAGAGGGCAAGGCAACAAUGCCCGUAAUCAAAAUAAUGGCCGUGAUAGAAACAAUGGCCGUAAUAGAAACAAUGGCCAAAUUGAUACUACUUUAAGCUAUAGGGAGCGAGUAGCAGAAGAAAGGAGGAGAAUGGUUGAAGAACGAGAAAGAGAAAUUGAAAAAAGGCGAUUACAAAGAGAAAAAAUACUGGCAGAAAGGGAAAAAAGGCGACGAGAAAUGGAAAAUAGAUGGCGACUUAAUAAUAGACGUAUCCCUGGCCAUAGGGGACGAAAUCGAAACAAUAGACCCACUCAAAAUACCACAAGGCCUACCACACCCAGACCAUCAGUUCCAGUCCGACCGCCUCCUAACUUCACAACUGGGGCCAAGCUUCAUCUGAUAGCUUUGAACAACCCAAUGGCUGGCGACAUGCGUGGUAUACGUGGAGCUGACUACGAGUGUCAUCGACAGGCAAGACAAGCUGGAUAUCGAGGCACAUACAGAGCAUUCCUCUCAUCUCAAACACAAAACCUGGAUUCCAUCAUUUACUAUAGACAGGAUAGAUCAAUUCCAGUGGUGAAUGCCAAGGGCGAAAUGCUUUUUAAUGACUGGGAAGAUAUGGUGAACGGUGCUGGUGGAUACCUAAACGGAGCAUCAAGGAUAUACUCUUUUAAUGGAAAGGAUAUCAUGACAGAGACAUCCUGGCCGCAGAAGAUAGUUUGGCAUGGUUCUGACUCGAGAGGCCAGUUAACCAAUGACAAAUAUUGUCACAAGUGGCUGUCAAACAACUCAAGCAGGAUGGGCGUUGGAAGUUCUUUAAUGAAACACAUGUUAUUGGAUACUGAAGAAUAUGCAUGUAAUAACUCUUUUAUAGUGUUAUGUAUUGAAAACACCAGUCGCAGGAACUUGCGGAAGUGAUAACAAGGCCGGCAAGUCAGCUGCAUUGCAGUAUGUUUGCAGAUUUACGUCAUGUGGGAAUGAGAGGCAAGGGAGAUAAUUGGACAAGAGUUAUCCCCCCUUGCUCACCAGGACAAAGAUGCACACUACAUCUGUGAUAUGAUGUGUUACAUUGGUUGGUAAUUUAUUCCAGGAUGGUGUCAAAGAUAGCUGCCUUCUUAUUGGACAGUAGCACUGAGGUUAAAGGUCAAGUUAGGUGUUUCACAUCGCAGUGAACCACAAACGAGACAAGGGAGAACAGACUUUGUUUUCUACUUCACCCCAAGUGCCCAUAGUUCUCAUCAGAAAACAUGAAUAUUUCUGUCUGUAUAUAAACUGUAUUGACGGCGUUUGUAGCAGCCACUGUGUAUCUCUUGUGGAAGGGAGAUCUUCCUAUGAAGCAAGCAUAGUCCUCAGAAUUUCAGAAACUUGUUUAAUCUAAUAUUUCAAUUUUAGAAUUAGCAUAACGAAACCUACCAGUAACUGCUUCUGUCUGAGGGAUUCGACUUCCUAUUUUACGUGGUCAGUAAUACAAUGUAUGGUGCUCACUACUUUUUCAAUGCCAAACCACAUCAGCUGUAGGCCAGAUGAUUAUAAACACUUCCCUCUGUGACUUUAUAUUGUGCAUGUAUGUAUGUGAAUACCAGUUUUUUUUAUCACCAUGUGUGUCAAUGGUUUAUCUCAUUGUUUGUACUAUAAACCUUUUGUAUUUCAAGUCUUUGAGUAGUAAACACCUAAAAGGUCAUGCAUAUAUAGAAAGGAACCAUUUGGUUUUUUAAACAAUUUAUGUGGAAUCAAUUUCUUUGGUUGAGGAUUUGAGUGAGUACAGAAUUAUGUCAAAUUAAUGGUUGCGAUAUGUACGACAAUGUAUUCCUUCCAACAUAGAGCUUUGUUAACACAUUGUGUCAGGUAAUCUGUGUAAGACUUGUAUGUUUGGUUAGUUGAACUAAUAAAUAAACUGUUAUUAUUAUUAUAUAUAUAUGUACGUGUAUAUGCCUAGAUCAUGUUGAAAAGUAGAGAUCUCAUGAAGUUCAUGUCGUGACUUUCACUUGAGUGGCCUCCAUUUGCAGACAUUUGACCCUGUUCAUGUAGUGACCUUGACUUUCAUAUCUUGGAAAUUAAACUUGCAGUCCUUUUAAUGUGAUAAUUACAACGCACAUACAAAUCAAUCUUUGAUGCAAGUUCAUUUAAUCAGCUGUCAAGAAUAUAUGCAUUACUGCAGUCAUGUGUUCAUACAAAACUCCCCACAACAAACCAAAACGGAUAUAUUGUAUGUGUAUGUAGAUACAUAUAUACAUGUAUGUACUCAUCAUUUUGUUGGGGUUUUAUGGAUUUGAUGUUUCUAUUUAAAGUUUUAACAUCCAAAACAAUUGUCAGUGCCAAAAACAAAUCAGUCCUUGUUAAGAAAACGUAAUCCACAAAUUUUAGUUCUUGUAGGGAGUAGUUAAUGAAACACUGUAUCAUGGUAGGGGGGUUUGGCAUUUACAGUUUACCAUCUUUUACCCUAAGACUCUAGAACUAUGCAUGUGUUUUAAGGUGAUUUGGGGCAAAGUUCCAAGUGACGUCUUGUCACGGUGCAUUGUCUGUCGUCCGUCCAUCAUAAGCUUUGAUAAUUUUGACAAAUAGAAUAUGAAACUUUGAUCUUCCAAAGUCAUUAGGACGUGCUCCCAGAAAUCCAAUUUGAUAUUUUAAAUAUGGCUACCAUGGUGGCCAAAGUGUGUUCAUUUCUGCCAAAAUGUGAGUUCUCCAAGUGUAAGACUGUAAAAUAAUUUACUUUAUGCAAUUACAUCUACACUGAACCAUUGAAGAAAUAAACUACUGUCAAUGAAUCCGACAAUUUUGUUAUCAAAAGUGCUCACAAAUAUCAAUGUGUUCUGUUUAUGAAUAUUACUGUUGAUACUUUACAUAGUAAAUUUUCUCUCCAUAUUUGGGACACCAAUUUGGUGCAUUGUUUAUUAAUCAUUUAUUUAUGGAUGGAAGUGUUUUCAAAUUUUAGCACGAAAUUAUGGAUGCUUUUUAGAUUAUUAGCAAGUUAACAAUACUGUGUAAGUGAGCUACAGUGCCUGAAGGCUUUGUCACUGUUGUAGGGUGUUUGUUUCAUGAAGAUAGGCUGCAUUCAACACCUUCAUCAUCCAGCUUACUGGUACAUCAAUGAUGCAUUCUUUUUACCCCUUGCUACAUAUGAAACAUGCUGUUUUCACACUACAUGGCAGCAGAUGGGUCUACUUUCCAAACAUCUCUACAUAAUGCAGCUUCUAAGGAGAGACAGUCUUUGUUUCGUUGUGUGCAGUAUUUUUAUACAUGAUCAUGCCAUAUUGAUGAAGUAAAUGCCCCUAAAUCUAAAACCAUCGUAAGAUUUAUCCAACACAAAUGAAGGGCAUUCAUGCCACUCUCUAUGCCUUUUGAAUAUUCAAUGUAAUUUUAAAAUAUUGUUUGGGCUUUUUAAGAUCACAUCAAUAUGGCAUUUUGAAGGGAUUGUUUCCUUGACAAAGUAAUUGCCAUUACGCACCUCCUCUCAUGAAGUUCGUAUAGAUUAUAUUGACUAUGUACAUGUAGAUAUUUUGUACAUAUGUGACAUAACCCUAUAAUUGUUUUAGAGUGCUACACAUAACCAGUCCAGAGAUGGAAUUAAGGAUGGAUUUUAACCCAUGAAAGUUUAGUUGUGAUUGAUGCUAUGUCUUCAGCAGGAAUGCCAUAGAUUUCUCAGCAGUUUUUGACAGCGGUGAAAAGAUUAUUGAAAAAGAGAUUACAAAGAGAUACGUAUUAACAAAACUGUAGAAAGAGGAUUGUCUUCAUUGUGCUUGGGUUAACUUGGGUGAGUUUAUGUGUAGUUCUGUUUCCAAAGCUUUUUUUUUUGUAGUAAAGAAUAAAUUUUUGAACAGGUUUGCGAAAUUCAUUGUGUUCGAAAGCAUGGAUUUAAAUGCAUAUGAGAAUUGUGAAGCGCAGUGUUCAAUAUUGUGUAUAUUUGCAUCAUUAUGAUUGGUCUGUUAAUGAAGGGAGCUUCAAUUUGAUUGGAUGGCGACCUAUACUUAAAAUACAGUCAUCUUACUGUCUGUCAUUUCUUUUAUCAAAAGCUUGUAAAUUUGUUUUCACGUUAAUGUCAUUAAAAUCUAUUGCUCUUUUAACACGGACUUCGUUAUCUACUUCUCAGAUCAGGUUACUGCAUGCCUCCAAUGGUUGAUCCAAUAGUCUGUUUACAGUUCCACAGAUGUGCUACGCUUCUUGGUAUGUACAAGAUGGUACUGAUACACACAGCUGAGACCUGAAACACCUCAGUGUUGUGAUAUAGCUUCCGUACCCCUUUUAGUGAACACCUGGUGUCAUUGCAGUUUUGUAGUGAUCCAUUCAACAUUUUUUACUUUUACUCCUAUAGAAUCAAUUAUCUAGUAAAACAAAGACUGAUUAUUGAUGUUAUAUAUUUACACUGGAUGAAACAAAAUACUGCAGGACAAAUUGAGGACUUGCUUGUUGUGCAUGUUGCAUCUUAUAUGUACAAUAUUCAGUUUCAAACUUAUGUCCUUGGCCCGAAGACUCUAACAAGGCAACAGGAGGUCAAUAGUAGGCAUGUACUUAAACAUUUAUAAAUCACAUUUCCAGAGUGGAAGACUUCUUAAUCUGUAUUUGGCUGUUUUAGCAUCUAUGUGUAUAACCCUCAUUGAAACACUUAAAUGAAUAAUAUAUGAGAUUGCGUACAUUAUUCUAUAUUGAAGGGUUUCUGUAUUAUUUAAAAUUGUGGUAACUGAGACAAAAAAACAUAUUUCACACUCAAGGAAUGUAGAGAACAAGGAAUGUUGUUGAUAUGACAGUCAUAUGCCCACAAAAGCUUGGAUUUAAAUUUCAUCGAGACCAAUAUUGAUCAACUGACCAAAAUAUACUGUGCAUUUAAUGAAACCAGAUCUGAUACCUUGAUGUCUGAUGACAACCAAGUUUUGAUAUGAAUUUUAUGUACAAAAUUUCAAUAACGAGUUCAAAUCUAUUGCUUGUGAUUGCACAUUUCUCUGAAUUUGAUGAAUUUCUAGCAUGAAGCAUGUCAGGAUUUGUUGUGCAUGUUGUUGUUUUUCUGUUAUCAGAAAUCCCUAAUCUCCACUUGUAUCUUAUUGUACAUAACUAACAGAAGUAAGUUUAGCUAGGGCUUAUUGUACAGGGUUUUACUUCAUUGCAUUUUAGCAGAGAUAUUGUCUUCAGUUAGUUCAUGCUUACAACAGAUUUGCAUGUUAAUACUUUAUACUGCAUCAGAUGUUUCCCAAGGGAUGUUUGCCACUGUAUUCACUUUUAACAUUUUCAUAGGAUAAUGAUUAACUAUCUCUGAGAAGGUGUGUAAGGCUACCGGCAUAAUCAUUGGACACCAGCUGCAAGAUGGACAUUUGUAUAUUUUACUGCUAAUUAAUUAAUUGGAUGGUCAGCUUAUGCUUGAAUCAGGUUCAGUGUAAUAAUAAGGCAAAAAUGUUUAUAGUUCUAGAUGUCAUAGUGUUUGCAGCACAUGGCACGUUCCUUAAAUAAUUAUUAAUAAUGAUGUUAAUUGGGUGCAACUAAGAUCUUAUUAAUGUAUAGGUAGGAGGGUUUAUUGCUUAGUCAUAUUUUUCAUGGAUCUUUUUCAAAUGAUCAUGGAUCAGAAUCUGUAAUGCCAAGUAUUUCAUUUUUGAUUUUUGAUUCUGUUGGUUGUUCUUAUCGCUGGAACAUAAAAACUGUACACUUUUUCAGUAAGACAAUGAUAGAUUUUGUUCUUCAGCACUGCAAGUUUUAAUUUUACAUUUGUACAAUGCAAUUCUUUCCCUCUCAGAGAUAUUAAACAUGUUCUUUUGAGGUUAAGACCAUUUCUGAUUUCGAGGUAGUAAAAUUAAUUUUUAGUUCAUUUUCUGAUUAUGCCAUUUGUAAUGGUAAAGAUAGACAUGGCAUCUUUAAAUAUUUGUUUGAAACAUGUAUGGUAGCCUGUUUUGCAAGUAUUCACAAAUUGAAUUUAUUAAAUAACGUUUAUGCAUGGGAACAAUAUUGUGUUGAACAAAGCAUGCAGAGAACAGAACAAACCUUAUUGUGUAUGAAGUUAGUGUGACGCAAUGCCAAAAUCAUAUGUAAGCUAAUUGUUUUGGCUAUUCAAAUAUAUAUGCAUGUUGUUUAAGAUUUUAUGCAUGUGUUAAAAAUAUCUAUGGAAUUUAUUCAGUUUCUGUGAACAGAACGGUGUAGAUAUUUGGAAUGUUGCAUGUUCUUUCGUUGAUAUUGAAUGUGUGAGAUCUAGAAUUCUUGAAUGGAGAAUGGUCAGAGCAGUGAGAUCUAAAGCAACAAGUGUUUGUAAGGACUGGUACAAGCCAUCUGGUUUUAUUUGCAUGAGAUACGAUCCUUCCUGCACUAACAUCCAGUUCUUUGCAUGGAGUGAUGUGUUUGGUCAUAUGUGAUGAAGUUCUCAUAUGCUUUGGACUGUGAUCAGGGUUUUGUUCCUUAACCCUCUAUAGUUUAACCCAGCAUUGUGUAAAAUCUGCUUGUAUGCAAUAAACCAAAGUUACAUGGUGCUAUUCAUAUAUCUAUCUGUAGAA